CGGUGGCGUCUCACUCGUUGGUCCCAUCGCACGAUCAGCCUUACGGCGCCGCUCGAUUGGGCGGUGCCGCCUGCGGCCAGUCGAAAGGACGUGUUGCAUUCCCUUAGCCGCACGGAGUGCGCCUGCAGGUGUGCCAGUACGUCUUCGCCGAACAACGAUGCGCUCGCCCCCGAGUCGAGGAGAGCUGCAAACGUCCGGCCGGCGAUGGUGAGAGCCAUGAACGGGGCAGGCGCAUUGGGCGAACAGUCCACCCGAUACGCGGACGGAGCGAGGGCGAUCAAGGGGGCCCCCGCGUUCCGUCGCGCCGCCGGCCUCGUCAGCGGCGGCCGGAUCCGUUUCCCGAAGCUUGUUGAGGCGCGGGCCGCUGGUCGGUACAUUCUCGGGCAAAAUGGCCGGGACGACCGCAGCGGUAACACUGGAUGUUCCAACCGCGGGACGGGUUCCGUCGCAAGUUCCUUGGCGGGUUGGGGCGCUCAUUCUGGGCAUCAAGGUGCCCGGUCUGCGCCCAUCUGCGCGGCCUCGGGUCCGCGGGGCGGUCCCGAUAACGCUGGUUCGCCUGCGCCUCUGUGGAGCAUCUUCGCAAGCCAAAGGUGUAGGGGUCGAGAGCACGGUUGGAGAUGUCCCUCGUGUCCGUUCCCCGCGGGUCGGCAUAGGCCGCGCACACCUCGGGCCGGCGAGAGCGAGAUCCGCUGUUUCCAUUCCACGCGCAGCGCGGCUCUAGGGACUCCGACGGCGGGGGCGGAGGCCGAUAGGCGCGAGCUGCGAGGAUAUCGCCCUGGACGCGGCGGGCUUCGGCGGCAAGCUCGUCCAGAGAGCUGA